UGGCUGUCUCCGCGCCUAGCCCCGCCUCUCUUGGCUGGCUGUGGCGUUGAAAUGAUACCGUGGGAAAGCUUUUUGCUUCAUGAACUUCAGUCUCACCUGACAGACGCACGCGGAGGAUAGAGACGCCUGAAGAUUGUCGCAAAAUGAAGAGAAAUCACGACUUUAGCUCGUCAGACAGUGAGCUGGACGAGAAUAUUGAAGUGGAGAAGGAGAGUGCUGAUGAAAAUGCUGGUAUGAAUUCUCCUCUUGGAUCGAUAUCUCCAUCUACAACCUCUCAAGUACAAGCGAGGAAACGUCGCAGAGGAAUCAUUGAGAAACGGCGUAGAGACCGGAUAAAUAACAGUCUAUCUGAACUGCGCAGACUCGUGCCCAGCGCGUUUGAGAAACAGGGCUCUGCGAAAUUAGAAAAAGCGGAGAUUUUACAGAUGACAGUGGAUCAUUUAAAAAUGCUUCAUGCAGCUGGAGGAAAAGGUUUCUUUGAUGCUCAUGCGCUGGCCAUGGAUUACCGCGGGCUGGGUUUUCGUGAGUGCCUGGCAGAGACGGCUCGUUACCUCAGUAUCAUCGAGGGACUGGACAACACCGACCCCCUCCGCAUCCGCUUGGUUUCACACCUGAACAGUUACGCCUCACAGAGAGAAGCUCACUCGGGUUUGGGUCACCUGGCGUGGGGUUCUGCUUUCGGAACUCCACCUGGCCACCUGGCUCAUCACCUUCUCCUUCAACAGCAGGGGGCGCCGCUCCCACGCAGCACCAGCAGUCCUCCAUCCUCGAAUUCAUCAUCGCCGUCUUCCUCGUCUCCAUCUGCCCCCUCCACAGAGCCGCACGUCCCCAGCAGGCUGACCGGCACGGUGAUAACAGAAGCAGGGCAGACGGGGCCGCUGAGGGUGCCGCCCAGUACCUCUCUGCCUCCCGGGCUUACGCCAUCUUCAGCGUCCAAGCUAUCUCCUCCCCUCCUGACGUCACUUUCGGGCCUGUCGGCGUUCCCUUUCCCGCUGAGCGCAUUUCCUCUGCUGUCCCCGAGCUCGCUGGGUCCGGCGGCUCCCUCCAGCAGCCUGGGGAAGCCCUACAGGCCCUGGAGCAUGGAAAUAGGGGCCUUCUGAACUCUGCAAGAACAUAAGACUAUGGCCGGGCAGUCAUUUAGAAACUAAUUGUAAUGUUCUUCUGUGACUAUUUUGAGCGGAUGGACUUUCUCCUUAUUGCAAGUGAAAAGCAAAACAGAGCUGAUGUACUUGUUUUUAAUGAAGCUGUCGUUCCUGUCUUUAGUUGAUCUGAGAUGGGUUCUGGAGAUGGUUAGGUUUUAUUUGUAUAGUUCUUCCAUCAGAAGAGCAAGGUACUACACAGGUACCCUGCUGUUGAAGUUAGGAGAGGGACAUAGAAAUACUGUAGAAACAGAAAGAGAAAGAGAGAGAGAACGAGAGCAAUGGUGAGAUGCGUUAGUGAAAAAAUGUUAAUUGAAUAAUACUUAGAUGGUAGAAAUGUUCUCAACCUUCUGAUCAUAGAAAUAAGUGAUUUACAUCCCAACCUUAAUAUCUAAGAGACUGUUUGGAAAGCAUCCCUACAUUAUCUCUACACUGAGAAACUAUGCAAUGAUGUUGUGUGACUUAUGCACUAUGCAAAUAUACAAGACCUAUGCAACCGAAUCUCUAUUCACUCACCAGAACUUUAUGAGCAGCAAUAAUAGUACUUUAUUUUUUCUAAAGAUAUUGCCAUUUGGUCAGUGACCUGUAAUGUUUUUACUGUGUUUAUUUGUCAUGCAUUUGCUGUUUGCUGGGAAAUUUGAUCUUUAACCAUGACAAUCUAGAUACCUUUUCAGGAGUGACAAUCUCACAAAACUGCACUAAUUUAAUCAUAAUAAUAAAAGUUUGUUAAUAAAAUUCCUGCAAACAUGUUCAUCUAUCUAUGGCUCAAAUCCUCUCUCUAUCUCUCUCUUUCUCUCAAACAGCUGUACAUGAGGAGCGUUAUUUUUAUAAAGAGUUUUACAUUGGCAAAUCAGAUAUUUCAGAAAGACUAGGUUAGAAAAUAUACAAAUGUACAUUUAUACAUUCGAUGCUUUCAUCCAAAGCAACUUACAGCACAGUGCUCUUAUGUUAUGUGUGUUCUGGAAAAUCAAACCCAUGAUGUUGGUAUUGCUAACUUUAACUGAACUGUAGGAAUGGGUAGGACUGGUGUGGUACUGUGUCUGUCCAUCACUAACCUGUAAUAAAAUCAUACUUGUAGCUAAAAGUCA